UAAUAGGACCCCAGAAAGCUCUCUGCUUUAUCUCCCUUUAUAGGCCACCUUGACUGUAACCUUAUUUGAAAAGUCUAUUUUGUAUUGGUUUAAAUAUGGUGUGCCUUGAGAUUCUGGCUUAACCUUUGGUGUUUCUUGGGCGAAAAAGUUGGAAAAAACCACUGUUCUAGACAACAGAGAAGUAGUCUGCUUGAAAAUUAUGGCACAGGAGGGCGGGAUACGCUUCAAAGGUACUUAGAACCUGCCUGUGAGAGCUAAUGCUGUUAACUGACAUAAACUCAGCCGGUGGACUAAUCAAGGCCAACCAAUUAGAGAAAGCGACGUCAUUGUUUCAUGAGUAAAGCGUCACCACCUGCUGUGUAGUGAAGGGACGGAGUUGAACGGAGGCCGUUCAAACAGUUAGCUAAACACUUACCGUUAGCACCAGGGCAACAGAAAGGAUGGCAGACGGAUAUUGAGCACGUGAAGUUCAGACUGUGUGUUCCAGUUGACGCAAGCAGCCGUUACCGUCACCAACCGUCAAUGUAACCACAAUGUCAGAAAAGACUCCACUGCUACAUUACCGACUCACCGCUGGAACCUGUCCUAGCACGAAAGAUGCCUCCAAACACAGCGGGACGAAGGUGGGCAAAGGCGGCAAACCCGCCCGGAAGCUCGGAGUGGUGUUUGGCGUGGUCAUGCCAACUUUACUGUCCAUGUUCAGCGUCGUCGUGUUUUUACGAAUUGGAUUUGCUGUAGGUCAAGCAGGGCUCUACCAAACCAUUGCCAUGUUCCUGGUUGCCUACUUUAUCAUCACCAUGGCCGUAUUUUCUGUGUGUGCAAUCUCUACCAAUGGGGCUCUGGAUGCUGGUGGUGCCUAUUACAUGAUUAGCAGAGCUCUUGGUCCAGAGUUUGGUGGCAGUAUUGGGAUCAUGUUUUUCUUCGCCAAUGUGUGUGGUGGUGCUCUCUAUAUAUUGGGUCUGGUUGAGGCUAUCAUGUCUGCCUUUGGCAUACCAGAAGAGGGCGCUGCAGGUCCCCAUCAGGUGUUGCCUUCAGGAUACUGGUGGUCUUUGCUUUAUGGCACUGGACUGCUCUGCUUGUGUUUCAUUGUUUGUUUGGUGGGAGCCGACAUUUAUGCUAAAGCCACCUUUAUUAUCGUUCUCAUCGUCGUGGCAGCCCUAACUUCUAUCUUCACCAGUUUUUUUAUUGUGGGGUCAGUUGAGGUGAAUCUGCCAGACAUGUCUAUUCUAAAUGGCACCAGUCGAAGUUCAGCCAAUUAUACUGGUUUCAAGCUCAACACACUGAAAGAAAAUCUACUACCCAGUUAUACAGUGGACUACACCACUGGUACCAUGAUGGAUUUUGCUAAAGUGUUUGCUGUCAUGUUCAAUGGUUGUACUGGAAUCAUGGCAGGCUCAAAUAUGUCAGGCGAUCUGAAAAACCCCAGCUACUCCAUCCCAAGAGGAACGCUUGCAGCUGUUAUUACAACUUUCAUCACUUAUAAUGUGUUAAGUCUGCUGUCUGCAUGGACCUGUGAGCGUCACUUGCUACAAAGAGACUACAGUUUCCUGGGAGACAUCAAUGUAUGGCCCCCCCUGGUGACAAUUGGGAUUUAUUCCUCCACCAUGUCAGCUGCCAUGAGCAACCUUAUAGGAGCCUCCAGGAUCCUCUAUGCGCUGUCUAAAGACAGACUGUUUGGUGGUGUCCUGGCUCCAGCAAGAAAAACAUCUCAGAGUGGGAACCCCUGGGUUUCUGUGCUUAUUUCCUGGGUACUUGUACAGGUGGUACUGUUUGCUGGUAAAUUAAACACAAUUUCCAGUAUCGUGACCAUUUUCUUCUUGUUGGUCUAUGCAAAUGUGAACUUGGCCUGUUUGGCUCUUGAAUGGGCCUCUGCACCAAACUUCAGACCCUCUUUUCGCUGCUUCACAUGGCACACCUGCGCCCUGGGCAUCCUUGGCUGCCUUGUUAUGAUGUUUCUGAUCAAUGCUAUUUAUGCAUUUGCCAGCAUAGCCUUUAUGCUGCUGCUGUUGAUGCUCAUCCACUACCUUGGCCCCGUUAGCAACUGGGGCUUCAUCAGCCAGGCUCUCAUUUUCCAUCAGGUGCGAAAGUACCUGUUGAGGCUGGAUGUACGCAAGGACCACGUUAAGUUUUGGAGGCCCCAGCUGCUGUUGAUGGUGGCCAACCCUUGUAGCUGUACAGCUCUUGUGACUUUCAUUAAUGACCUGAAGAAAAGUGGCCUGUUUGUGCUUGGACAUGUAAAACUGGGUGUACUGGAUGGGUUGCCCUCAGAUCCUUUGCAGAGUCGAUAUGACUCCUGGCUUUCUCUAGUGGACCAUUUAAAUAUCAAAGCAUUCGUCAACCUCACUCUGGCUGACUCUGUCAGACAUGGAGUCCAGAACCUGCUUUUCAUCACAGGCUUUGGUGGCAUGAGACCAAACACCCUCAUCUUGGGUUUCUAUGAUGACUGCACUCCUCAGGACCACCUUCAAGGUAAAGUUCUUCAGUCCACAGGCUUUGGGCUGGAUGCAGUGAGUCCAUCCAAAGACCCAAGUCAACGAAGGACUCCUUUCUUUCCCAGUGUGCGGGGUGCUGAGGACCCAAAAGACCUUCAGGAAGAGGAAUAUGUAUCCGUGAUUGCUGAUGCUGUUAAAAUGGGAAAGAAUGUGACGUUAGCUCGUUACUUUAACCAGUUCAACCGUGAGGAGGUCUUGGGUUCAGGGAGAAGGAUUGGGGUCAGCGGAAGCAAAAUGGGGCCAUUUGUUGACGUGUGGCCUCUGAAUCUACUUCGACCUGACAGCCGUGGUUAUGUCGAUACCUGCUCUCUGUUCCUGUUGCAGCUGGCCUGCGUGCUCCAGGAAACUCGUGCAUGGAGCCAGGCGAAACUCCGCCUCUUCCUUUGUGUGGAAGACGGUUGCAGUCUGAAGGAAGAGGAGGAGAAGAAGCUAAGGGCAAUGCUAAAAGAGCUAAGGAUCUCGGCUCAGGUACAGAUGGUUGCAUGGGACCAGGUGGUGGCGCUGCACUGGCAGAGACGACAAAAUGAGGCAAGGAAAGUGUUGGAGUCUGCACAGAAUGAUAACAUAAGUGAGAGGGAAGAGGAAGCUGAGAAGGAGUGUGGUAUCCAAAAUUUUCCCAACAAUGCUGCUCAGCUGACGGAUGAAUACAUCAUUGCUGUCAACCACCUGAUUCGCAGGCACAGUGCCCCCAAGCCCGCUGUACGGUUUCUGUAUUUACCACGACCCCCAGCUGACACCAGCCGUUAUUGUUCCUACCUGCGCCACCUGGACCUGUUAAGUCAAGAUCUGGGCCCGACAUUGUUAAUUCAUGGGGUCACUCCUGUAGUCACUACUGACCUCUAAAGUUUUACAGUUGUGAGUUCAUGCAUUUGUUGCCACAAAUGUAUGAAUGUAUACAAGCACUAUUAUAACUGACACAGCAUCACAGUAAACUAUAUUUACACCUGCAAUCACACAUUUACUGUUAACCCACCAUAAUGUAAACAAACAUAUGGAUGACCUUAUAUUUUCUGUCGUCUGUUUGAUGCUGAAGACCGAAAGAAGCAGGUGUCUCACUAGUUCCUCUCACGGGAGAGUAUUUCUCCAAGGCCCUUGGAAAAUUUUCAUGCUUCUGUUAGAGAAUAAUUUAACAAUUUGUUGCUGCUUUUGGACAUUUUGAAUUCUGACUUUUUACAUGUUGAUGCAAAAAUAAAUUGAAUGAACAUUA